CUCGAGUUUUCACCAUGACCUUGGGUUCUUUACUUCUCCCCUCUUCCAGCAAGUCAAUUGAUAGAGAACUAGAUUCCCUAUUCCAAUCCAAUGCUACGAAACCCUCACUUAUAUCUGGGCCAUCGAAAAGUAAUGUGACGGAAGUGACCUCGAAGAGACGUAAAAACGAACAAGAAUCCGCCAUUUCUACUAAACGAUUCAAGGCUACUUCUUCCGAAUCCGUAAAGCAAGGCAAGACGUCGAAGCCAAUAAAAAAACAAAAGACUCUGAAGCAUACGACCAAAAUCGACACCGACGGUGAGAACGAUGGCGAGCUGGAGGAUGCAUACGCGAAGUUGAAAGAGGCCCAGAUUGAGAAGGACGGCGAAUCCGAGUCAGAUGAAGAUCCCUCGAAACUUGUUCACGAAUCGGUAGCUCAGAGUGGUCCUUCUGCUGGUCAUUCCAGUCAGAAGCGCAAGUUCGUGCCUUCGGACGAGACUCAGAUGCAGCGGGAUUUACGAACGAUCUUCGUCGGGAAUCUAUCUAUCGAAGUUGCUCAAAAAAAGUCUGCACUUAAACAGCUACAUCGACAUAUUAUUGGUCUCAUUUCCAACGCAAAAAUUGAAUCAACUCGUUUUCGUUCUGUAGCUUUUCAGACACCUACGUCCAAACUUCCUGAGGACGACACCUCUGAGAAGAAAGUGAAGGUACCAGGGAAGACAAAGCAAGGUAGAGAGCACGACAAGAAUCGUGCUUCGUCAUGGAGAGACAACGAAGAGGACUCCACUAAAAAUGACGAGAAGAAAUUCCUUACACCGAGCCAAAAGAAACGCAUUGCUUUCAUCAACCACGAUUUCCACUCCUCCGCCGACCUCACCAACGCUUACAUCGUUUUUGCGCACCCCGUUCCGUCCGAAAACAGACCGUCCAAUCUGCCUCCUUUGCCCUCUACGCUAGACCCAUACGAAGCGGCACGCUUAGCAGCGGACCUCUGUAAUGGCUCGACCUUCAUGGAUCGUGUUCUCCGCGUGGACCUCGUUGGUAGAAUGGACACGCACAGUCAUGGUGAUCCGUUUGACGGUGAUCCCAAGUCCUCAAUUUUCGUCGGCAAUUUGGAUUUUGGGAGCAAAGAGGACGAUCUUAGGGUGUUUUUUGAAACGCUUGUUACGGGAGAGCGUGGACUGCCCGCUGGUAAUGACGAACAGGAUGGAGAUGCGAAGAAGACGUCGACGUGGGUGACCAGGGUUCGAAUCGUUCGAGACAAGGAAACUCAGCUUGGGAAAGGAUUUGCAUACGUCCAAUUUGCUGACCGGCAAUGCGUCGAUGAGGUUCUAGCCUUGGAAGAAGCAAAGCUCAAAUUCGCCAAACGCACACUGCGUGUGCAACGCUGCAAGACGCUUCCAGGAAAGCGCCAAACCACUAGUUCGGUGUCCACGGGGACCAAGACCUCAGUCCAGCCGUCAAUACCCGCCGGUGACCCUUCGCUAGGCGAUAGGCUCGCUCAUCUCACCAAAGAGGCCCGCAAACAUGUCAAGUCCACGGAUGCCGACCGCGUGGCACGACGCUUGGCGAAGAAGAAAGCGAGGCUGUCUUUGGGUAAGGAGGGAGUAAAGAUGCACGGGAAAGAACGUGAAAGAUCACGAAAGAAGCCAUCAUCGGGUUCAUCUCGCAAAACAAGUUCUUCAAAAUCAGCGCGAGUGAGGAGUGAUAAGAGUAUCGCCAAGAAGAACAUGAAAAAGCAAUAAGGCAUUCAUUAUAUACUCUACACUGGUAGUGAAUGUAGUCUUAUUAUUGGUUCCGUGUGCGUCCCGGCUUAAGAUUUCCGCGCUGAGAUCAUUGGACUUGGUGGCGUCAAGAUUCUGUUGUUGU